AUGGCCAGGCAAACCGCCCAACCUUCGCUUCCCUCGCCAGCUUCCAGCGAUGACUCUCCCACCUUCGCCGCCCAAGCACUGCGUCGAGGCAGACCGUCACGCAGCUCCAUAGGUGCCAUCGCUGCAACAUCGCGGUCUGUGGCGAAUUCGCCAAUCGUACCGCAUCAACCAAGUCCUCUGCAGCACAACAUGCAUGUGCCGAUGCCAGGACCUGGCCACCCUCACCCGUCUCCUGCCCCACCAAUGCCUCAACAAUUGGCCCAGCUUAACCACAUCCAGAGUCCUAUGUUGCAACAUCACCAGCAACAACAUCCCCAACAACAUCAGCAACAACAGUACCAAGUGCACCCAACCCAUCGGCACUCAAUGCCCAAUGGAGUGCAAUUACAGCAAGUUCAAGGUCCAAGCCAACCUAUGCGCACGCCCCCAGUGCUACCCUCCAAUGCUCCAUCAGCUCGCCAAUUAGCGGCCUCUCGAAUACCGGCCCAGGAUCUUCUACGACAGCUCGAUGACAAGGAGGCAGAAAUGAGGCAGUCAGGCACGCUCUCCCCAACAGACAGUGGCCGCAUUGCACUUCUGCGGGAGGCCGUACAAAAGAACGACUGGUUCUACCAGGUGCUUUCUCAGCUCUUCUGUCUAAGAACAACCAGCCCUAUGUUGCUACCUCAAUCUGUUCGGGAUGCUGACAGCAGGUGCUGGGACUACUUGGACAUCCUCAUCUGCCCAAACGACUCCAUUCAUCAAGGUCUCGUCGAAUUCUUCGCCCACUUCCCCGAGUCCAUCAUGGCAAUCUACUCGGACCGAAGCGAUGCUCGCGAUAUCUAUGAUAUGAGAGUGCAAGCAGUCAAAGCCUGCCUAAACAAGCUGCCAGAUAACUGGGACAACGUUGUUCGCGCCUGCAAGAAAAUGUGCGCUCCGCCGUUGGUGCAGGAUCUUCAUGAUAUUCUCAACUUGAAAACCCCUGUUCUGCAAUCGACCGCUUUCAGGGCCAUCGCGCGGAUGCUUUACGGAAGCGCUGACUUGGACUCUAAGGGUGUUCAAGCCAUUGAGAAUUUCCAUCAUCUCGACCAGGAUUCGUUCUACCGUUACAAUUACCGCAGAAGUCCACACGAGACGAAACAGGCUUACAGUGUCCUCACUUCAGUCUUCCAGUCAUUUCAGUCAUGGAAACAGCACUUCCACGGCCAUGCACCUAAUCAGCGCCUGCCUGAUUUCCCUUUGCCACAGCAGGCAGUGGAGUUUUUCCAACGGUUGCCACCAGGCAUGGUGUAUGCACAGCAACCAAUAGCCCAUGCUCAUAGAGCAUCUCUGCCGCAAGCGCAGAUACAAGCGGUACAGCAGCAGCAACAUCGAGUCUCAACACAGUUUCAGGCCCCAAAUGGUCGGUCCAGUCCACUUCAGCAGCAGCAAAUGCCCGCCCAGCUCGCCCAGCUGCAAGCCCUCGGAGCGCAAUUGCAGGCCGGUCGAUCUGGCAUGCAAACCCCUUCGACCCACAUUCAAGCCCAGGGUCCGAAAACACUCUUCCCACGCGCCGAGGAACAACCACGACCUCAACCAACGAACCCAGACUGGGCUCGAAGCGGCUUACACCAAUCGCAUCUUCGCAGCCCCGAUCUUGGUCCUGUCGAACUCAAGCCUGGCGCUCCUCGGCUCUACCGAGACGUCGUUGGCUUUGGCGUCCCUCCCACGAGGCUUAAAAAGAAUGUCUUCAUCGAGACUGUCACAUUCUCAAUAUCUCAAAAGUCCAUGGAUAGGAUCGCGAAGACAGAAACGCCUCAGAGUAUCGGAGGACCCACACGUCGGCAUAUUUCAGAGACUUCACUGCUGUACCGGCUUCGAUGCUCAAUGAUACCGCGAGGGGGAUUCCGGAGCGAGGGAGCCUGGGUCACUGCUGACAACAUCUGGCCUGAUGACAUGUAUUUCGAGCUCAAUGGUACCAAACUCGAGACCAGGCGGAAGCUCCACCAUGGGCGAUACCUCCCAAUCGACUUGACUGCUUUGGUGCGGCUUGGAGAGAACAAGCUUCGAUUUGGCAGAUCUCGCAACAAAAACGAGUAUCGGAUGUCGGAAUACGCUCUGGCCAUUGAGGUUGUUGGAGUGACGACCCAUGAAAAGAUCAAGGACAACAUGCCUCGCGUGUCAGCUGCAGACUCUCUUUCCGCGAUCAAGAAAUCUUUGUCCGGGGCAGGCGAAGACGACGACGACGAGUUGGCAGUCACCUCGAGUGCGUUAACGAUCAAGUUGUUUGAUCCAUAUUCUGGAUGCAAGAUCUACGACAUUCCAGUGCGUGGGAAGGAUUGCUUACAUCGGGACUGCUUUGACCUGGAGACCUUUCUCGAGAUGUGCAAGCGUCAAAACCCUGGAGGGCCAACAGUGAUCGAUUGCUGGCGAUGUCCGCUAUGCCGUGGAGAUGUUCGACCUCAAAUGCUCGUCGUCGAUGAGUUUCUCGUCCAAAUUCGUGAGGAUCUCGAAAAGCAAGGGCUGCUGAACACCAGAGAGAUUAUUGUGAAUGCGGAUGGAUCGUGGAAACCAAAGGCAGAGGAGAGAACCGGCGUACGGUCACCAAGCUUGGAGCGAGAGGAGAGAGGCAGCAUGGCUAGAUCAACAUCUGCUGCUGCUGCUCCUCCCGUACCCAUAGACGUGAUUGAAAUUGAUUGA